AUGUUCGAUAGAUUUUCGAUUAAUUGUAUUAUCUAUAUAGAUACAUUAAAUAUAAAACCGUUAAGUAAGGAUAUUGAGUGGUCUCCGGAUGCGUCAAACGGCGUGGAGGCCACAGGGGUCGCAGGGUUCCAGGCCCCAGUCGAUAUGCCGUCGACCUCCAGCGAAGAGCGCGCCAUACGCCGCGUCAUGGGCCGCUGGGGCGCUGAGUGGUUGAGCUGA